AUGGCAAACAUGGAAAAAUCGCAUGAGUCAAAUAAUGUCAUUAAUUUGCCGGGGCCAAGUAACGUAAAUUGCAAUACAUGGAAUCGUGAUGUCGGAUAUACAAGUACGAUAGAUACAGGGUCUCAACCACCUGAGUACCAUCAAAUUGUACCUACUCUUCGUUCAAAUGUUGAACAAAUGCGGAAAUGUAUUUCUAUCGACUUAUUAUCGGCAAGUCAAAGAGAAGCUAAUUUCUUGCGAAUGAUCGAUCGGAAAGCUCCAAUACUUUAUCAACAAAGUGUCAUCGAAAAUGCUGUCCGACGCUACGAAUGUUUUUGGCUUCCAAUGCAGGCAGCCCAGCCAGAUGUGAGAAAUAUACCGCCAUUAGAUGUUCAUUGGGUAUGGCAUUGUCAUAUGCUUAGUCCAAUACAUUAUCAACAGGAUUGUGAAACGAUAUGUGGAACAAUGAUUGAUCAUAAAUUACUUAGUUCGGAUGAAAUUCAACAACGAUAUGAACAGUCUGUUAGUAUUUGGCAAAGUUUUUGCGGUGAUGAACCUUAUGAUUUUUUGAGUUCCAAAAUGAACAACCAUCAAUCAUAUCAGUCACGAUCAUCGUAUGAUAUUGCCGCCGCUGCACAACGGCAACGUAAUUUUAAUUAUCAGAUCUCAUUGCCACACUAUACGUCACCAAAAUUUAUUAGCGACGCUGUAGAACGAUACCUCAAUUUUCUGUUAUUGAAACAAACUUACACAGAUCAAUUUUUAACGCCUUGCUAUGAUUUUGAUAUUGUGUGGCAUACACAUCAGGUCCAUCCACAUUCUUACCUGCGUGAUUGUACAGCAAUUUUUGGUUGGUUAAUGAAACAUGAUGAUACAGUGAAUGAUCGUAAUAAGAAUAGUAAGUUACUCAAAGGUGAAGCGAUGACAAAGAGGCUUUGGGCUGCGCAUUUUCAAACUGGAUUUUGGCGCAGAGGUUCAAUGUACAGAGGACAUCCAGCGCCAUCUUUUUUGGGUUUUGAAGCGCAAGAUUUGAGUAGUAUUACUUAUGGCCAGGUGCACAUACCAUCAAUCACUCUUCGUGAAAUUCCAUUACAACGAGAACAAGUCCGCUUGAAAUUGCUGUACGGAAAUAAAAAAGUUACAACAUUCAAUGCAGAUCUCACCUCGAAACAGGUGACAAAAUCUGGCUUCUCAUUGGUCUGGCAACCAACCGAGAAUUCUGCAAGCCCAUCAGUUGUAAAAUUUCCAUUUGAACGACGCAAUCCUAAAGAAUUAUCUCUUGAAUUGGAACUCUUCGACAAGGUAUUUCUGCAAAAGAAAGAUGUAGUUAA